AUGAAAUCUGAAGACCGGAGUUGGACCACUGGCGCAUUGGAUAUUCGUACGGCAUUUUUGUUGGCGCCGCUGGAGCAGACUAAACGCGUACUGGUGCUGAGGCCUCCCAAGGUCUUAAUCAGUGGCAACAUAGUGCACCCACAGGAGCUAUGGUACGCUACUGGUGCGAUAUGUGGGCUGAGAGAGGCUCCUGCUGCUUGGUCUUCUUACAAAGAUUCCCAAUUACCAAACAUCCAGAUUCAACAUGGAGAAGAGUUCUUCAGGCUGGUGAGAUCGAAAGCAGACCAAAAUCUUUGGCAUCUCAAGCCGGCUAGCGAUCUGGAAGCAGCGCCAGUGGCCCUUCUCGGGGUUUACGUGGAUGAUAUGAUAGGUACAGGGCCGCGGGCAAUCUUGGAUAGUCUCUUCCUCGCAGUCCAGAAGACUUGGGAGACUAGUCGACCCCAAUUCGCCUCCGACAAAGAGGGAAUCCUUUUUUGUGGCCUUGAAAUCCAUGACACUGGAGAUCGGUUGCAUAUCCACCAACGUAAGUAUCUACUAGACCUCCUGAAUCGGUACCCAGAUGUCCGAGGCGGGGCAUCACAACCUGGCUUGAAGGAGCCUGACGACCUCUUGCCCAAAAACAACGAGCAACCGGAUCUGAGUCGACUUCGACUUGCCCAGAAGCUGGCAGGUGAGUUGCUGUGGAUAACUACAAAAACACGUCCGGAUCUGAUCUACGUGACUAGUCGGAUUGGACAGUAUAUCACCAGAAACGUGGAGUUCGCUAUUCAACUGGCACACAAUGCUCUCAGAUACUUGCGAUCCACAGCUCACUAUGAGAUCAUCUAUGGGGGCAACCAUAGCUCGGAUCAAGGACCAGACGUGGGUCCCCUGCAAGAGAGGGUCGGAGCCGUAGAAGCGUACGCGGAUGCUUCAUUCGCUCCAGGCAAUGACAGAUCGCAAACAGGAAUCAUCUUGGCCUGGAAUCAAGCGCCGAUCACUUGGCUAUCGAUGCGUCAACCGUGCGCGUCGUUGUCCACUGCAGAAGCGGAGCUUCAGUCAUCCAUAGAUGCCCUGGCGCUGACAGAAGGAUUCCUGCCCUUGAUCCAAGAAUUGGAACCUCGACCUGUGAAAACUUUCCUGUACAACGAUAACCAAGGAGCUGUGACAGUCAUGAAAAUUCCGCAAGGGAGUUGGCGAACACGCCAUCUUAGGCUGAAGGCAGCGUGGUUUUUUGAACAACUUGAAACGAGCCGCUAUGCUGUUUAUCACCUGCCUGGGAAGUACAUGUUGGGUGAUUUGUGUACGAAAACAUUACAGUCCUUGAGAAUUCGAGAGUUGUUGCAAAUGAUGAGAAUCAACAUUGUCGACCCGGUCGAGGGGGAGUCCAAAGCAGCAGUUGUGAAAAAGUUGGAGUCAGACCCCAAUGACCAUCAGCCCGGUGGAGUCAGAUCCGGGGGAGAAGGGCUUAAACUUAGUGAGAAGCCUUGGGGAGGGGCUGUUGAACUUGUUGAGUUGGACGCGGCGUCGGAGAGUGCCACAAAGGGUGAGGGCAGAGUGAGUAGUCCCGGGAUCCCGAAUAUGGGAGUUGUCAAGCGUGCGUUGAAGUUGUUGUUGGGUGCGUUGUGCUUGAAGAGAUCGACUGGGAAGGUUGUUGUGACAAUCGAAGAGGACAAGCAUGAGUUGGAUGUGACCACGUGGACCGUCGCAGUGCUUGCAUUGGUUGGAGUUGUUCUCUUGUGUUGCGGCUUGGCAGUUGGUGUUGCGCGUUGGGCGUGGACUGCUGAAGGCCCGAGGAUCCAAAGCGUGAGGGUCGAGGAAGAUGAGGAAUCAGAGAAUUGGUCCGUUCUGUCGAGUGCAGAGCUGAGAGAAGGGAUAGAUGAAGAUGGGUACCUUGACCCAGCCAUUGAGACCACUCAGAUCCAAG